GUCGGUAUCGUAAGUUCGUAACGGCCCAGAUCAUUUCGCGUGCAUCCGUCCGACUCCUGCAGCAGCCAACCACCUUCCGGCCCCGAGUAAUCAAGCAAUGCGCCUACAGAUGGAACCAACGCGCUCCAGAUCACCAUGUUCCGUUCCCUCCACUUGACCCCCUACAUCAAGUUCAAGCGCCCCUUUCCCACGCCUCAUCACCCUCCCACCCCAAGACUCUUCACCCUCUCCGCGCUAUCCCUCGCCAACAAAGCGUUACCGCCCCGCCUCAAAAUCGAAGAUGCCGAUGUGAUCAUCUCAUACCUCAAGGGCACUGGCCCGGGAGGGCAGAAGAUUAACAAAACCAACUCGGCCGUCCAGCUCAUACACAAGCCCACCGGUGUAGUGGUCAAGUCGCAAGCCACGCGAUCCCGAUCCCAGAAUGAGAAGAUUGCCCGGCAGAUACUCGCCGAUAAGGUGGAACAACUCCUGCAUGGGGACCAAAGCCGUGCUGCCAUCAAGGCCGACCGUGCAAGGAAGAAGAAGGCCAGUAAGAUGAAGAAGAGCCGGCGGAAGUACCGGGAGCUCGAAGACGGAAACGAGAGCCCCGGGGCAGAAGAGCACGAUGCGCAGGACGUUAAUGAUCCCAACGAGGGUGAAGCGUUGGGAGCAGAAGAGCAGAGCCCACAUCAGCUGCCCAGCCAACAGCACGUACAGCAGGAACAGAAGUGAAUGACACGGACUCGAAGUGCGUCGUUAGCACGUCAGUCAUUGUAGAAUACGAAAGCUGCCUACAAACAGAUUGAGGGAUAUAAAGAUCAUCUAAU